UAUUCCAAGUUCGGGUGUCAUGUAGUCAUGGAGUGAAAGCGUUCCUUUUUUUAGAGAGGAUUUAUCAUUAAACAGUCUCCGAUUUCUUUUAUUAUGUCUGUAUAUUUCAAUAUAUCAGGCUUAUUUAAUAUACAUACGUCUUGAUUGUAAAAUAGUGUCAUGAUUUACUAUUUGUUAAAUUGGCAUGGGUUGAAGAUUACAGAUCAUUUCAGAGAAGCUAGUUAAAGUUGCAAGUUAAUUGAAGUUUUUAAAAGCUCAAUACAUUUGUACGGAAUGCCGGUGUUGUCAGCUAAUCAAGUAACGUUAGCUGAAGUCCUUCAAGUGAAAGGUUCCCCCUUAAACGAAGAAGAAAUAUGGGCUGUACUGAGUCAAGCCAGUAAAGCAAUCGAAAAAAUUUUAGCCAAAAGAGAUGGCAAGAAGUUUGGGCAACCUUUAUUUACUGUAUCACCAGAAUCAUUGAUAUUAUCCAAUCAUGGAGAUAUUGCAAUCAUGACUCCAGUCUUGAGAGAUCAAACAAAGCAAGUGACUUAUACACCUCCUGAGCUCAGUAUCCACAAUGUUUCCCCCAGUGAUGGAGCUAUAGAGAAGAUGUAUGUGUAUUCAUUGGGAAUGACUUUGUACUUUGCUGCUGAGUAUUUAUCAAUUCCGAAUCCAUCAAAGUUGGCUAAUUUGAGUGUAUCUUUGAGUAAACUUUUGCUAUCAAUGUGUGAAGAGUUGGCAAGAACACGUUAUUCAUUAAGACAAGUUUUGGCAGCUUGUGGUAGUCAAUAUGGGCAAAGGUUCUAUUAUACAGUCAUCAAGAGUUUAGUUGUCUUAGUUCUAGGGAAUAAUACACCUGAGCACCCAUCUCGACAAUUGAAUUCAAUGUAUCCCUCUAGUCUUAAACUUCCAGCCCCACAUUUGGGAAACCAUAUAUCUUACAGCCAUCGUACUGCUAAACUAAUGACUGGUUCAAAUAAUCAUACAAUGACAUCAGCAGAUGAUCAGCCAGAGUAUCAAUCUCAAAAUCGUUACAUGACAAACAUUCCUCAUACUCUUGAUAGAUACAGAAAGUAUUUGGAAAAAGCUCGACAUCAGAAGACAUUGGUGUCCCCAGUCAUCCCUGAUCACUCCAUCAAACUGUCUUGCAACUCCUAUGGUAGCAUGCCUGCUAUGAGUUCUCAACUUAUGUCAACUGCUUCUCAUCAGCCAGGAUAUGAUAGGACACGAUUGUUAGAUGCGAACAAAAGAGGGUCUGUGGAAGAUAUUCUGAAUCAUACUAACACAAGACAUAGGUUUAAUGUAGGAUUGAAAGAGGCAAUGACAGCAGACCAUUGUAGUGACAGCUCAAGUGACACAUCAUCUUUCUCAGAUCCUCUCAAAUCCACCCUCAGCUCUGCUCGCUCAUCCUCAGCUGCCUCUUUGAUGGAAGGCAGUUAUGCACCUUCAUACUCUCUUGACAAUCUGAGGAGUGACAUGUGGGGUAGUAUGCCAUCACUAAGGGAUAAUGCAGGAUCACAUCCUACCAAAGAAUGGCAUCGUUUGUCUACUGGGGAUCUUACAUCAUUUUCACAAUUUACGAAUAAUUCUGAUUCACGUUACAUGGACAAGAAACAACAACGGUGUGAUAGUUUUGGUCAUAAGAAGUACCAAUCAGAGCAAAAUUUGUUCUCACCAGGCCCUAUUGAUAAAGAGAGAAGAAAGAAAAAUAUACCAAAGUCAAAAUUACGAAAGUUUCUCGGUCCAGAGUUUCUUCAAGUUUCGAAAGAUCCUAACCAGUCCUUUGUUGACAUCCCACCAGAGACACGUUCAGGUGCACAUCGUCAUGUCACGGUCGUCAUGCUAAAUACACAACGUCUGCAGAUUGCUGUUGAGAGUUCUGCUAAAGUAGAAGAUCUUUACACUCAAGUACUUAAGUAUCUUGGCAUCACUGAAAAGAUAUAUUUUGGAUUGUGCAGGAUAGAAGACGACGAAAGUUUGUUCUUGGAUUUUGAGUCGAAAUUGUCGAAAUACGCUCCUGUUGGUUGGAAGGAAAAAUCCAAAAAAUUAUCUGGGCGUUUUGUGCUCUAUUUUCGAGUGAAAUUCUAUCUAGAAAAUUUGGCUCUGAUUCGACAUCAAGUCACGUGUCACCAGCUUUAUCUCCAGCUACGCAAUGACGUAAUUAAGGAGAACAUGUAUAAUAACACAGAGCUCGUCGUCCAAUUGGGGGCUAUUGCUUUGCAAGCGGAGUAUGGAGACUACAGCAAGGCGAAAUUUGGGGAAGGUUAUUUUCAACUCGAACAUUAUGUUACGCAAUCGGUUAUAUUGACAACAAGAAAGAAGCAUAUUUUUCAGAGACUGCGUGCAUUGCAUAAACUUCAAUAUGGCCUUAGUGUUGAAGAUGCAGAAAAAAGAUUUAUCGAAUAUUCUCAAAAAUCUCCCGAUUACGGAUUGUUAUUGUACCGUAGUCAGCUAAAAAAUAAAGAAAAACAGGAGAUUUAUCUGGGCGUAAGCGCGAGAGGAGUUACAGUGUUUGAGCUAAAACACAAUAAAAGGAAACCGUUCGAAAGACAUUCGUGGUCGGCAAUUAAAAAAGUCGCAUUCAAAAGAAAGAAGUUUUAUAUCGAAUUUCCAAUGUCAGAACAUCAAAAAAACAAACUGACGUUUCUCAGUCCUUCAUAUAAAAGAUCCAAAUAUUUCCUACAUCUCUGUACGUCCUUUCAUCGUUUUCAAACAAAGAUGAAAUCAAGAUUAUCGAUAAUGUAUGACGCAUUGCCUCGUGAUGUUAAGCAAAGUGAUCAACCCAAAGAAGUAAAUCCUAAUAACAUCGAUAAACAGAAUGAAAUUUCUUCAGAGAUUAGUGAUGUUGAUGACGAUAAUAGUAAAGUCUCGUGUAUUGAAAGUGAUUUGACUGAUGAAGUUGUUAGAGGGAAAAAUUUACAUACUCGUUCCUCUCUUCCUUAUGUACUAAAUUCCUCACCAUUGUCUCCUUUGAACCAUACAUUAUCUUCACAAGACGAGGCAAGGAGGACCGCCGAAAUCAUCAUGUCUCCUGAUAGGCGAGUGGUUUUGAUAAAUCUUAAAAAGGAUUCCAGGGGAUCAUUAGGUUUAACAGUUGUUGGAGGUGAAGAUACACAACGUCUUCAUUAUGGUAUUUUUAUCAAGAAGAUAACUUCAGGCAGUGUUGCUGAACAAGAUGGUCGUCUUAAAACGGGUGAUCGGAUCCUUGCUGUAAAUGGGCAAAGUUUAGAGUAUGUUAGUCAUAAUGAUGCAGUAAAGGUUUUAAAAAACUCUCCGGUUGACGUUGAACUUUUAGUGUCUCAGAGUAAAACUGCGUAUAAUAAUAUUGACAUGCGUGUAUUACGCAGUCCAGCAGCGUCCCAUUUAUCCCUCAUGGACAAUCGAAUGUCACCUUAUCUUGCAAGUUUAAAGGACAAUCACGAUAUUAUCGAUCAGAGUAACGCAGAGAAAUCCAUUUCUCAAGUCAAUAGAAAUCUUGAACAUGAUUAUUUAUCGAACACUACUAACCCGCUUCAUAUAAACGACUCUCAAGCUUUUCAUCCGACUUCUCAUGCGUCGUUGGUAAACUCUACAACUGUAGCACAAGGGACUUGCCUCCGAAGUGGAGCUGGAACGCCAGUCAUAGAGAAUAAUGGAGUUCUGAUUCGAUCGUCAUCAAAUCCUGAAUAUGGCGAGGAAAGUCAGGGGUCUUUCAAAACAUCAGUUAAAAAAUUACCCGUUCAAGCUCAACGUCGAAUAGUUAUCGUAAAAAUUUAUCUAGACAAUCAACAAACAAAAGAAGCAGAAACUCAUCUAAAAAGAAUGUUGAAAAUAAUAAAAUCAAGCAGUCUAAACUCGAACUUCAGUCCGCAUCCGAAAUUGGAACAUAAAACAUAUCAAGAGGAGAAGAAAACUAAUUAUUUUGUUGUGAAGUUAAAGAAAAUCUCUGGUAGUCUUGGUUUGAAUGUUACGGGUGGAAUCAACACCAAUGCAGUUGAUGGAGGAAUAUUCGUCAAAUCUCUGUAUCCUAAUGGUGCAGCCGAUUUGGACGGUCGUAUUCAAGUUGGACAUAGAAUUCUCUCUGUAAACGGUGUCAGUUUACAAGGAGUCACACAUAAACAGGCAGUGGAAACGCUCAAGCGUUCACCCUUUCACACAGCUCUUGUUCUUCAAAACUCGCCUGCCGAAGAGAUCAGCCAAACCUAUAAUGUUUCUAAUGACAAUAUGGAGCCUGAGAUGUUUAAAGUCGUGCUGAUGAAAGGAAUAGGAGGACUGGGAAUGAGCCUUGUCGGAGGCAUCGACUGUUCCGAGGAAUAUGGAGAAAAAAUACGAAUAAAAGCUAUGUUUCCUGGUCAACCUGCAGAGAACAGCGGAAAACUUCGUGUAGGGGAUAUUAUUAUGGCUGCGAAUGACGUCUCUAUGAUAGGAAAGAGCCGUCGUGAUGCAAUUAAUGUGCUACGUGAUCAACCUUCUCGUGUUGUGUUAUCAGUGAAACGUGACCCGGCCUCGAUACCGUCAGGAUUGCUCAGGCGUGGUAGCUUCGCUGAGAACCUAGAUCCAAAUGAAGUUCUUUCAGCUAUGAGUUCAAGGCUACAGAGAAAUGAUUCUCUUCAUUCCACGGUCUGCGAAGAAGAACCAGGGACGAAGAAAGAUCUUGAUCAAAUUGAAAAUCGCGAAAUUAAGAUGGCUCAUGAUUCAGGUGAUGUUAAUGACGAGUUUCUUGUUAACCAUGGUCAUAUCGAUGAAAGUGAUGAAGAUAUUUUAAUGGAUAAGAAAAGGAUAAAUGUGUACACAAAUGGUUGGUCUAACCAAAAUACGUCAACAAACGACUUGACACUAGACAAUCUGUCAUUGCAAAAUGACGGCAAUGUGUCAUUAACGUCCAAAAUAGACUCUCGUGUUUCAAUUUCGUCGGAGAAAGUUCCUCCUGUUUUAUCGUCUGUAAAUUCCAAUCCUUCAAUGUCAGAAAAAGAGAUGAUAACAGCAGAGGAAGUUAUUACAAAGAAUAAAGUAUUUUUGGAGGCUCAACACCAUUCGGGAGUAAAGAAUUCAGCCAGUAGAGAGGAAGAUAUUUUUCUUAAAGCGAGAGAACGUCUUGCACCUGCUGAAAAGGUUUUGGACGUCGUCCUUCACAGAGGUCCAAAUGGUCUUGGUUUUACUUUUACUGGAGGAGCGGAUACAGUUGGAGGAUGUUUUGUGCGAGAGAUAAUUGGUGAUCCAGCAAGAUCUGAUGGUCGACUCAGACCUAAAGAUGAAAUUGUCAUGGUAAACGGUCAGGAUAUAACGAACAAGAAACACCUUGAAGCUGUCAAUGUUCUGAGAGCAACAAGAAAUGAGGUUCAUCUUGUAAUUCGGCGAAGACCAGACAAAAUAAAAAGUAAAACUAGAGGUGGGCUUGAUGUUAGAACCAUCUCUCUGAUCAGAACGACUCGAGGUGAUAUAGGUUUAACCUUGGAUCAAGAUAAUGAAGGUCAUAUCCAUGUUUUUGAGGUAAUACCUGAUGAACCCGCAGCAAAAGAUGGAGGACUAAAACCAGGAGAUGUAAUAUUAGAGAUAAACGGCAAGAGAGUUGAUGGAACUGACCUAAAGUUUGCUGUUGAAUGUCUGGAGCGCGCUCGUCCAGUUGUUACUCUAGUUAUUCAUCAAUUCCAGAGAGAAACCGAAUCAAAAUAUAUUCUACUUUCACCCACAGAAUCUGACCGUGAAGUGCUGCAUGAGACGUCGUCAGUUGAAAAUAGUAAUAUAUAUGACUUAGACACUCGGGAACAGCUGGAUUCAGAUAAUUCCGAAUGCCUUUUAUCAAACGUUAUCCCUUCAGAACAUGUGACUGCAGAUGAUUCAAUUGAGACUCAUGAUGUUGAUGAAGAGGGGUCUAUAAGGGAUGUUUUGGAAUUACAAGAACCACGAGAAGGAGCGACGUCAUUGCUUCCUAAAAUGCGUGAAAAUGAACUUGAAAAACACAAUGAAAUUGAUGAAGACGAAGAGGGAUCUAUCAAGGACGUUUUGGAAUUACACGAACCACGAAAAGGAGUGACGUCAUCACACUCUAAAAUGUGUGAAAAUGAACUUGAAAAGCAUAAUGAAAUUGAUGAAGAUGAUUGCUUGAUGAAGGAAGAACAAGUGUUUACAACAUUAAAGAAAGGUCCACGAGGACUAGGCUUCAGUUUAUUUGCAGAUCAAACCAUUUAUGGUACUCCUGGGCUGUUUAUUCGUAACAUCCAGGAUAAUAGCGUUGUUGCUGAAGAUGGAAAAAUUCGAGUUGGAGAUCAAUUAUUAAAGGUCAAUGAUAACGAUGUUGAAACUCUUGACCACGGUGAUGUCAUCACGUUAUUAAGGAGUUUGUCUGGAGUAGUGACGCUUCAUUUGUUGAGAUUAAAACACGUUGAAGACAAGUCAACGUUGCCUAGUGAGAGCAAAAAGCAGGCGACAAACUUAUCGGAGAAUAUUGGAGUGUUAAAUACUAUGAAUACAAACUCUGGCCAAAUUGAUAAGAACGUUAUCACUGAAACAAAGGAUGAUGACUCUACACCUUCGGGUAAUGAUGUGUCAAAUACUCAGGAGAAUUGGCCCCAACCUCCCACUUCAUGCGAGAUCGAAUCAAUGAAUAUGGCAAGAGAAGACAGAGAGGAUGACUUUGCUCGCACAAGUGACGAUGAAGCAACCAGCGUAGUGUUUAGUGGUGAUGAAUUUCUUGAUGAAUUAGAAAACGUUCAUUACACAGCUAGUUUGCUAGAUGCAGAAAGCGCGAGGAACAAUGUUUGGUCAAAGCGUGUUGAAAUUGAAGAAACUGCAGAGGAAGGAACAACUUCUGGCUCUUUCAUUCCUCCAUCUGAUGGUACUUUGAAGCAACGUGAGGAACUGUUAUCCCCUAUUACCCCUGAGUUAUUCCCAGAGUCGUCUGUCGCUCGAUCCUCAGCACAGGAAACAUUCGCAGACAUCCCUCCAUCUCGGUCACCUCCGUUGGAGGAAGAUCUCUCCUCUAUAAGAAGUCGCAAAGUUUUUAUGAGAGAUACGUCGCAAGAAAACAGAACUCUGAGAGAAAGAUUCGCUAGAGUUGUGGAAGAAGAGAAUAUACACAGUUCUGAGUUUUUACUGAGACCAUUAAUUAAUCUCGAGUCGAACUCAUCAAAGCACACUCGACCUUUACUUCAAGUCCUGGGUACGAGUGAAUUGUACACUGGUAAGAGCCAGCUCGAGAUCAUACGAAAAUUGCAAGAUGACAUUUCAUCUGGAAAAGCUGCUGAGAAAUUUCAAGCCCUUCGCGAUAUAAAACCAACUGACAACUGUCCAAGUGGCAAGAGAGCUUUGAACAAAGAAAAAAAUCGCUACAGAAACGUUUUACCAUAUGAGAAAACACGUGUGAUAUUAAGUGGAGAUGACCAACUGGACUAUAUUAACGCCAAUUUUAUUGAUAUUUCUAUUGGCUCGGAGACAUUUCACUACAUUGCAACGCAAGGUCCGUUGCCCAUAACAACUAGUGACUUCUGGAGAAUGGUGUGGGAACAGAGAUGUCAGGUUAUUGCGAUGAUAACUCUUGAUAUGGAGUGUGGAAAAGUGAAAUGUCAUCGUUAUUGGCCUCAAUCAUCUGAACUUCCGGUUAAAGUCAGUCCAAGUCUUCAAGUGUUUUUAAAGUCUGAAGAAAGUGAAAGUACCUACUGCAUCCGGCGGACCAUGACCAUAAAGGAUGAUGAAGAUAAAUCAUUGGAUAUCGUUCAUCUUAAUUUUAAUUCUUGGCCAGAUCAUGGUGUUCCCAAGUCAGCAUGUGAUUUGGUCGAAUUUGUGAAGCAAUGUCAUAGUUAUGCCAGUGAUGGACCUCGUAUUGUUCACUGCAGUGCUGGAAUAGGACGAACGGGAACGUUUUUAACAAUUGAUACAUGUAUGAAACACAUUGAACGAGGUUAUGAGUUUGAUAUUUUCGAUAUUGUUUGUAAAUUACGUGAACAACGAAGCGGUAUGAUCCAAACUAAGGAUCAAUUUUUAUUCUGCUAUCAAGCUUGCGUUGAAAUUCUCACAUCGUUAGAAAAUGAAAAGGAAUAAAAUUAUUAUUAAAUUUGUAUGUACAUGUUUCUUUAUAUAUGUACAUAUUUCCUAUUGAA